AUGAGCUCAGUUGCAAAAACAUUUGAGACUGUCGCUGUUAUUGGUGCUGGUCCGAGUGGUCUUGCCGUCACCAAGGCGCUGCUUGGAGAAAAACUUUUUUCCAAAAUCAAAGUCUUUGAGCGGCAAAAUCAGCCUGGAGGUGUUUGGAAUUACAGCAAAGAAAAACAAGCUACGCCACUUGUGCCCUCUAUCGAUGCAUUUGCAAGGGAACCAACAGUACUUAACGACCAGCUCAAGCGUGCCGUGUAUACCAGUCCAAUAUACAAGAACCUUGACACCAACAUCCCACACUUCCUCAUGCGCUACCACAAACAUGACUUUAAGACCGGAUUAGAAGCAUUUCCAAAGAAAGAAGAUGUGCUUGAAUAUGUUCAAAACUAUGCAAAACCUAUCGAAAAGUUUAUUCGAUUCAAUUCUGAUGUGCAGAGCGUUAGCAAGUCGCAAAAUACCGGGAAAUGGACAAUUGAGUAUACAGAUUAUACCCAAGGGUAUCCAAAAGGGACUCAAUACAAGGAAGAUUUUGAUGCAGUGGUGGUAUCAAAUGGCCAUUACGAUUUGCCAUUUUUGCCAAAGGUUAAGGGUAUGAGUGAGUGGGUGAAAAAGUAUCCAGGCUCAAUCCAGCAUGCCAAAUACUUUAACGACCCUAAAGAGUUUGCCGGUAAAAAUAUUGUUAUCGUUGGUAAUGCAUCUUCAGGUGUUGAUAUAUCGCUUCAGGUUGCCGAAUAUGCCAAAAAUGUUUAUCGUUCUAUUGUUUCAAAGUCCUACAUGCCAUAUGCAUCCAACCCUAGAAUUUUAGAUGUGCCUACCAUUUCAGAAUAUAAGCCUGAAACUAAAGAGAUUGUGCUGAAUGAAUCGCAGGAUAAGGAUACCUAUCCAAGAGAAUACCCAAAAGUUCUUACCGAUGUUGAUGUUGUUUUGUAUUGCACUGGAUACCUCUACACCUACCCGUUUUUGAAAACAUACAUGGAGCCUGGAAACCCCGAUAGUGUGUUGCAAUCAACUGGAGAGCGCUUGCACAGAGUUUAUGAAAAUAUUUUUUAUAUUCCCGACCCCUCUUUAUCCUUUGUCGGAGUUCCUAAACAGAUUAUUCCGUUUCCACUUGCAGAACUUGAAAGUGCUGUUAUUGCGCGUGUAUAUUCAGGCCGGCUGGCACUUCCAAGUGUGGAAGAGAUGCUGGAAAAAGAGAAGGAAACCGAAGAAAAAGUUGAUGGUAAUAGCGCGCGGUUCCAUAGCUAUUCAUUCCCACAUGAUGUGGAACACUAUCGCAAGCUUGAACAAUGGGUUCGUGAAGAAACUAAGGAUAGCAAAGUUCUACCUCAUGACAAGGGAUUCUUUGCUGAGCCAUGGGGUCAAGAGCGGUAUGAUCAGCGUGGUUCGUCGUUUGAACUAAAAGCAUCCUUUAUCAAAGAAAAAGCCGAGAAGAAAAAGCUUGAACAACAACAGAAACUGUGA